UGCCUGCUGAUGGAAAUGCCGGCUUGUUGGCAGAGCCCCAGAUUGCCAUGUUCUGUGGCAAGCUCAACAUGCACAUGAAUGUUCAGAAUGGAAAAUGGGAAUCAGACCCGUCGGGGGCCAAGACCUGCAUCAGAACUAAGGAAGGGAUUCUGCAGUAUUGCCAGGAGGUUUACCCUGAAUUGCAAAUCACCAAUGUUGUUGAAGCCAACCAGCCAGUUACAAUCCAGAACUGGUGCAAGAGGGGAUGGAAGCAGUGCAACGGUCACCCUCAUAUCGUGGUUCCCUACAGGUGUCUGGUGGGCGAGUUUGUGAGUGAUGCCCUUCUGGUACCGGAUAAAUGCAAGUUCCUUCACCAGGAGAGGAUGGAUGUGUGUGAAACUCACCUGCACUGGCAUACAGUUGCUAAAGAGUCCUGUAGUGAGAAGAGCAUGAAUCUGCACGACUACGGGAUGCUGCUGCCCUGCGGCAUUGACAAGUUUCGUGGUGUGGAGUUUGUUUGCUGCCCGUUAGCGGAGGAGAGCGACAAUGUGGAUUCAGCUGAUGCCGAAGAUGAUGAUUCAGAYGUGUGGUGGGGAGGAGCUGAUGCAGACUAUGCAGACGGAAGUGACGAUAAGGUAGCAGAAGAGCAGCAAGAGGAAGAUGAGGAGCUCACAGUUGUGGAAGAUGAUGAUGCUGAUGAUGACGACGAUGACGGUGAUGAAAUUGAAGAAGAGACAGAGGAAUACGAGGAGGCAACUGAAAGGACAACCAGUAUCGCCACCACCACCACCACAACCACAGAAUCCGUGGAAGAAGUUGUCAGAGAGGUGUGCUCGGAGCAGGCCGAGACGGGCCCGUGCCGCGCCAUGAUCUCCCGCUGGUACUUUGACGCGAGCGAAGGCAAGUGCGCGCCCUUCUUUUACGGCGGCUGCGGCGGCAACCGGAACAACUUUGACUCGGAGCAGUACUGCAUGGCCGUCUGCGGCAGCGUCAUCCCCACCACGGCCGCCAGCACUCCCGACGCCGUGGACAAGUACCUGGAGACGCCGGGCGACGAGAACGAGCACGCCCACUUCCAGAAGGCCAAGGAGCGCCUGGAGGCUAAGCAUCGGGAGAGGAUGUCUCAGGUCAUGAGAGAAUGGGAAGAGGCGGAACGCCAGGCCAAGAACCUGCCCAAGGCUGAUAAGAAAGCAGUUAUCCAGCAUUUCCAGGAGAAAGUAGAGUCACUGGAACAAGAAGCAGCAAACGAAAGGCAGCAGCUGGUGGAGACGCACAUGGCGCGGGUGGAGGCCAUGCUCAACGACCGCCGCCGCAUCGCCCUGGAGAACUACAUCACCGCGCUGCAGACCGUGCCGCCGCGGCCUCGUCACGUGUUCAACAUGCUGAAGAAGUACGUGCGUGCCGAGCAGAAGGACAGGCAGCACACGCUGAAACACUUUGAGCACGUCCGCAUGGUGGACCCCAAGAAAGCUGCCCAGAUCCGAUCUCAGGUUAUGACACAUCUACGUGUGAUAUAUGAACGCAUGAACCAGUCCCUGUCCUUCCUCUAUAACGUGCCUGCAGUGGYGGAGGAGAUCCAGGAUGAAGUUGAUGAAUUGCUUCAGAAAGAACAAAACUACUCUGAUGAUGUUUUGGCCAAUAUGAUCAGUGAACCCAGAAUCAGCUACGGGAAUGAUGCGCUCAUGCCUUCACUAACUGAAACCAAGACCACGGUUGAGCUUCUUCCAGUGGAUGGAGAGUUCAGCCUGGAUGAUCUUCAGCCGUGGCAUCCCUUUGGUGUUGAUUCUGUUCCAGCCAAUACUGAAAACGAAGUUGAGCCAGUUGAUGCCCGCCCAGCUGCAGACAGAGGACUCACCACACGACCAGGGUCCGGGCUGACCAACGUGAAAACGGAAGAGGUGUCUGAGGUGAAGAUGGAUGCUGAGUUCCGGCACGACUCGGGCUACGAAGUGCAUCAUCAGAAGCUGGUGUUCUUCGCCGAAGACGUGGGAUCCAACAAAGGUGCCAUCAUUGGGCUCAUGGUGGGAGGAGUCGUCAUAGCCACCGUGAUCGUCAUCACYCUGGUCAUGCUGAAGAAGAAGCAGUACACGUCCAUUCACCACGGCGUGGUGGAGGUGGACGCGGCCGUGACGCCRGAGGAGCGGCACCUUUCCAAGAUGCAGCAGAACGGCUACGAGAACCCCACGUACAAGUUCUUCGAGCAAAUGCAGAACUAGGAGAGCCCAGCAGCCUCGUGGGACGGAGAGCAGAGCGACUGCUUCCCUGCCCGGCGGUGUCCGCUGACAGAGUAGCCUGGAAGGAAACAAAAACACUCUGUUUUAUUAUUUACUCAUUAUCGCCUUUUGACAGCUGUGCUGUAACACAAGUAGAUGCCUGAACUUGAAUUAAUAAAAUCAGUAAUGUAUUUUCUCUCUCUUUCUCUUUACAUUUCAGUCUUUACACUACAUUAUUAAUGAAUGUUUUUUGUGUACUGUAAAGAGUUUAGCUGUAUUUAACUAGUGCAUGGGUAGAUUCUCUUUCCCAAUUAUUUAUCAUGUAGCUCCUUAGCCAGUUGUAUAUUAUUCUUGUGAUUUGUGACAAAAAUUAAGUCCUAAUUGAAAUAUGCUUUAAGAAUUGAUGGGGGAUGCUUUCGGUGUCUGUGGGGGUUAGCUGCUUCUCUUUGCUGAGCAUUUUUUUCUGAUCACUAUGCAUUUUAAAGUAAAACAGCAUUUUUUAAAAAGUAUUCCAAAUGAGUUAUUGAAAUUUUUUUCCUCUGCAGUUGCAUAUUAUUGUACAGAUUGUUGCUCCUGCUGUAUUAGUGACGUAGAAAUCAUGGGAAUACACAUUUGUUUCUUUGUGCCUGUUUUAUGUGCACACUUUAGGCAUUGAAAGGUAAACUUUAUUUUCUUUUCCAUGUAUCUUU